AUGGACGCCCACGCCACCGCUGUAGCGGCCAUAUCAUCUCGAGUCCAGCACUUCUACGCCACCCAAACGCCCUUCCGACUCUACCAUGGGUCGACCAACAGCACGCAACACCGUAAACUCGACCGCAACCGGAUCAUCGACACCUCUGGCCUCAAUCACGUCCUCAGCGUUGAUACGGAGAAGAAGACAUGUCUCGUCGAGCCCAACGUAGCUAUGGACGAGCUCGUCGAUGCACUCACGCCAUACGGUCUGCUGCCCCCUGUUGUAAUGGAAUUUCCUGGUAUCACUGUUGGAGGAGGAUUCAGCGGGACUGCUGGGGAGAGUUCGGGGUUCAAGGAAGGGUUUUUCGAUGCUACGGUCAAUUGGUUCGAGAUUGUCCUUCCGGAUGGCGAGGUCGUUUGUGCUUCGGAGAACGAACGUGAGGAUCUCUUCCGAGGCGCGGCAGGCACGCUGGGGACGUUGGGCGUAACGACGUUGUUCGAGCUAAGGCUGAGAGACUACGAACCGUUCGUGGAGUUGACAUACCACCCCGUCACCAGCGUGAGCGACGCCCUCAAAACCAUGCGCGGCGCCACUCAAGUCCCCGGCACCGACUUCGUCGACGGCAUCCUCUACGCCCAAGACCGCGGCGUCAUCGCCACCGGCCGUCUCGUCGACACCAUCCCACCCUCUGGCAAAUUGCAACGCUUCAGCAGAGCCCAAGACCCCUGGUUCUACAUCCACGUCGAACGCACCGCGAGCCGGCAACUCGAUCCCGUGAAAGAAUACGUUCCUGUCCGAGACUACCUCUUCCGCUACGACCGGGGAGCUUUCUGGACGGGGAAGUACGCUUUUUCUUACUUCAUCACGCCUUUCAACCGCAUCACGCGCUGGGCGCUGGAUUAUUUCAUGCACACGCGUGUGAUGUAUCAGGCUUUGCAUGCUUCGGGACACGCUUCGAAGUAUAUUGUUCAGGACCUCCUUCUACCUGAGAGCACGGCAGAGGAUUUCAUCGACUACAUCAGCACCGACUUCGAUUUCUGGCCACUCUGGCUAUGUCCGCUCAAAGUCGGGAAUGGAGUUGCCAUGCAUCCGGAUCUCGCUCACGGAGCGUAUGCGGACGAUAAGACUGUCUCCUUCGUCAACGUCGGUGUUUGGGGACCAGGUCCAACCAACUACGCAAAAUUCGUCGACGUCAACAGGCAGCUGGAGCAGAAAGUCCAGCAGUUCGGAGGGAUCAAGUGGUUGUAUGCGCAAGCUUACUACACCGAGGCCGAGUUCUGGCGGAUAUACGAUAAGCGGUGGUACGAUGCCAUACGGGAGAAGUACAAGGCGACGUACUUGCCUGAUGUGUUCCAGAAGGUGCGGGUGGAUGUCGCAAGAGCGUACAGAGGGACGGAGACGUGGUCGGGGUGGGCGAAGAGUCUGGUUUGGAAUACGUGGCCUGUGAGUGGGGUCUAUGGUGUAAUGAAAACGCUCUAUGAGAGGGAGUAUCUGCUUGCGAAGUAA